AUGUGGCUUAUACAUACUACUGUGUUUGUUGCCCUGACUGCAGUGUAUGCGGAAGCAGUGGGGUCCAGUACCACAAUUGCUGGCAGUACGACCGCUGUGGCUAAAACCACAACCACCUCUGCUGCAACCACCGCCGACACGACGACAUCUUUGGCUAAAACCACCUCUGCUACAACCACCGCCGACACGCCUACACCUGUAGAUACAACCACAGCUGACACGACGACCCCUGUGGCUACAACCACAGAUGAGACGACAACCCCUAUAGCUACAACCACAGUUGAAACGACGACCCCUGUGGCUACAAGCACAACCGACACCACGACUCCUGUGGCUACAACCACCGCCGACACCACGACCCCUGUGGCUACAACCAUAGCCACCACGACGACCCCUGUGGCAACAACCACCUCUGCUACAACCACAGCCAACACGACGACCCCUGUGGCUACAACCACCGCCGACACGACGACCCUUGUGGCUACAACCACCGUCGAUACGACGACCCCUGUGGCUACAACCAUCGCCGACACCACGACCCCUGUGGUUACAACCACCGCCGACACCACGACCCCUGUGGUUACAACCACCGCCGACACCACGACCCCUGUGGCUACAACCACCGCCGACACCACGACCCCUGUGGCUACCCGAUACCACGACCCCUGUGGCUACAACCACCGUCGAAACUACGACCCCUGUGGCUACAACCACCGCCGACACUACGACCCCUUUGAGACGACGACCCCUGAGGUUACAACCACAACCGACACCACGACCCCUGUGGCUACAACCACAGUUGAGACCACGACCCCUGAGGCUACAACCACAGUCGACACCACGACCCCUACGACGACCCCUGUGGCUACAACCACAGCCACAACCACCUCUGCUACAACCACCGCCGACAUCACGACUCUUGAGGCUACAACCACAGCCGACACGACGACCCCUGUGGCUUCAACCACAGUUCAAACGACGACCCCUAUGGCUACAACCACCGCCGACACGACGACCCCUGUGGCUACAACCACAGUUGAAACGACGACCCCUGUGGCAACAACCACAGUUAGAGCCACGACCCCUGUGACUACAACCACAGCCGACACGACGACCCCUGUGGCUUCAACCACAGUUCAAACGACGACCCCUAUGGCUAAAACCACAGCCGACACCACGACCCCUGUGGCUACAACCAUCGCCGACACGACGACCCCUGUAGCUACAACCACAGUUGAAACGACGACCCCUGUAGCUACAACCACAGCCGACACCACGACCCCUCUACAACCACCCGACACACACCCCUGUGGCUACAACCCCGGCCGACACGACGACCCCUGUGGCUACAACCACAGUUGA